AUAUGCUUUUGGGGCUUGCAAGAAGAGAGAAAAUUGCUGGGAUAAAGCCUAAUGAAGAUCUUGAUAUAUUUAUGAAGGAGGCAACAACUACAUGCUAUGUAAGAUUGCAUCAUCAAGUUAAAGGCAUAAACGACCACUAUUUUGCUGACAACAACAUGGCUAAGGCAAGCUUACAAGCAAAUGAUAUCGAGUUGGCUAAGGAAUUGUGGGACUUCAGCUUAGAUUUGGUCCGCAGAGGCUCAAAUCCUUCAUAA